AACACCAAAAUAAACCUUGACCCGCCCUCUGACUCACCGAUUCCAACUCACUCAAAUCCCCCCAAAGCACAAUGUCCUCUCAAGAUCCAGAUCCGAAACAAUCCCCUGACCCGAAAACCCCUAACGACCCAGAACCCAAGCAACCACAAAACGAAGAAUCGGAAGUAGGAGCUGAAGGAGGAGAAGAAGAUGAAGAAGGGGAGUGCGGGUUUUGCUUGUUCAUGAAAGCAGGAGGAUGCAAAGAGAGCUUUGUCGGGUGGGAGAAUUGCAUCCGAGAAGCUGAAGAGAACAAGGAAGACAUUGUGGAAAAAUGUUUUGAAGCAACUGCAGCCUUGAAGAAGUGUAUGGAUGCUCACGCCGAUUACUACGAGCCGAUUUUACGAGCCGAGAGGAAGGCUGAGGAACAGGCUAUUAUUGAAUUGGAGAAAGAGAAGGAGGAGAUGGAUUUGGGGUCUCAGGAAGGUUCCAAGGAUUUGCAGAAGAAAUCAGAUGGUUAGUGUAUUUUGGGCAUAAUUGAGGGUUUAACUUGGUGAUUUUUUAACACUAAAUGUUAUUGCUUUAUGGGUGAUGGAAUAGUAUCAUCAGAAACUAGAAUAAAUUUUCAUACUUAUUGGAACUAAUUGAUUGUUGGAUUACACAAUUUGGAUAGUUAUUAUCUAUUCAAAGAUUUGAAAUUGAAACCUUUAAAUUCGAGAUCCAAGUUCGAAA